AUGUCGAGUAGCUACAAGCUCUAUGAAUACAAUCCAUCCGUGGGCGUGGCCAUUGUCUUUGCGGGAGUGUUUGCCGCAACCUCUGUGCUGCAUCUAUUCCAGAUGGUCCGCAGGCGGACCUGGUACUUUACACCCUUUAUCAUUGGUGGCUUCUUCGAAGCAUUUGGCUAUGUUGCGCGAUGGUACAGUGCCAAACAGACCCCGAAUUGGACGGUGAUGCCAUAUGUCGGACAGGAGCUGCUGCUCCUCCUCGCCCCCUCCCUCUUCUCCGCCUCCAUCUACAUGCUGCUGGGACGCAUAAUCCGCCUGGUUCACGGGGACUCGCACUCGCUUAUCCGGCCGAAUUGGUUGACCAAGAUCUUCGUGACGGGAGACGUGCUCUCUUUUUUCAUACAGAGCGGAGGUGGCGGCAUGAUGGCGAGCGCGAAGUCGGCCAGCAGUGUAUCCCUGGGCAAUCGGAUCAUCGUGAUCGGUCUCAUCGUCCAGCUGGUGUUCUUUGGCUUCUUCAUCCUCGUCUCCAUGGUUUUCCAUCGCCGCAUGACCGCCUCCCCGACCCCGACCUCCCUCUCCAUCAGCAAUCCCCCCUGGUACACCUACAUGCGCGUCCUAUAUGCCGCCAGCAUCCUGAUCAUGGUCCGAUCGAUUUACCGUGUGGUGGAAUAUGUGCAAGGGACCACGGGCGUGCUGCAGCAGCAUGAGAUUUACCUCUAUAUCUUCGACGCGGUGCUGAUGUUGCUGGUGUGCCUUCUGUUCAACAUCCUGCACCCGAGUCGGAUCCUCUCCAAGCGCCAACCGUACGGCAAGAUGGAGUCGGACCAGAUCGAGAUGCUGGAUCCGCGGAUGUGAUUGUUGAAGUGGUCAUUCGUGUUUUCGACGGUUACAUUCUUGGGUCUCAGUUUGU